AUGGACAGCGAGGCUAGAAUUUCGAUCGGAGACGAGAGGAAACUUCUGAUGGACGAUGACCAUCACUCCGAAAAGCCUGAAGCUAAAGCGCCCGCGAAUGGCAUUCUCACCAAGGAGGAAAAAGUAAUCGAUGCUUCUGUCCUUCAUGGCAAUGUUUAUAAAGGUCCUCCGCGGUCGGAACUUGAUAAAGCAUGGCAAGAACUCCUGUUCCACGCGAAUAUUCGUGUCUCGGGCGAAGAGUUGGCCAAAUCAGGCGGGAAUUCUGUUCCCCUUGGAGAUGGCUCCGGAUACUAUGGCAUUCUCGAUGUCUUUCAUCAAUUACAUUGUCUGAAAUACGUCCGUCACUUCAUCUUCCAAGACUACUAUAAUGAUACUAUGCCAUGGACUCCUACGCACGUUGACCACUGCAUCGAUAGUAUCCGACAAAACCUGAUGUGCAACGCAGAUUUGUCUUUGAUGACAUUCCAUUGGGUCGAUGAUGAUAUGGCUCCCAAGCCUUUGUUUCGGAGAACUCACGAAUGUGCGAAUUGGGAGAAUAUUCAGGAAUGGGCUUCAAAGCGGUCUUUCAAUCCCGAUGAUCCAAAUUUGCUUCUUCAUCCUAAAUUAGCUAAGAAUUGA